GUGGGAUAGUAUAUAUGGCAUGUAUGAUUUUUAUUUCUAAAUGUAAAUAUUAUUUAAGUAAGGAAUAUAGUGCUGGUGGAUCAUAUGAUUAAGAUGGAAAUUAAAAAAAGAUUGGAAAUUGGGUAGAAUUAGAUCAAUAAUUUGAUAAAUAAUUAACUUAUAUUGGUGAAUAUAAUCUGCAAGGUAUGAAGAUUGGUAGGUGGGAUAGUAUGUAUGAUACAUAUAAAUAAAUGUAAAUACUAUUUAAAUAUAAAGUGGUGGUGGAUCAUAUGAUAAAGAUGGAAAUUAGAAAAAGAUAGGAAUGUGGGUAGAAUUAGAUGAAAAGUUUAAAUCAAAUUAAUUCACUUAUAGUGGUGAAUAUAAUAUGCAAUGUAUGAAAAUUGGUAGGUGGGAUAGUUUGUUUGAAAAUAAAAAAUUGUAAAUAUUAUUUAAGUAUAAAAAAUAUAGUGGUGGUGGAUCAUAUGAUAAAGAUGGCAAUUAGAAAAAGAUAGGAAUGUGGGUAGAAUUAGAUGAAAAGUUUAAAUCAAAUUAAUUCACUUAUAGUGGUGAAUAUAAUAUGCAAGGUAUGAAGAUUGGUAGGUGGGAUAGUUUCUAUGAUGGAUAUAAAUAAAUGUAAAUAUUAUUUAAGUAAUAGGAAUAGUGGUGGUGGAUCAUAUGGUUCAUCUGAUGGGUAUGGCAAUUAGAAAAAGAUUGGAAAGUGGAUAGAAUUAGAUGAAGGAUUUAAUUGGUCUAAAUAAGUCGCUUAUAGUGGUUAAUAUAAUAUGCAAGGUAUGAAGAUUGGUAAUUGGGUGAACAUAAAUAUAAAAUGA